AUGCUUGACUUUGACUUCCACCUCACAACACCUCGUCUCUUCAUAUCCCACCUUAACCCUGAGGACGAUGCUCAUUGCGAUUUCGCAUACGAGCUAGUGUUCAGCCCAGGUCCCGCUGAGCAGAAGCCCGCAGUCGAUGCGGAAAAGACAGAGAUCACACCCCCUCGCGAUGUUGGGAAGAACUUCAUCGCGAAGGAUAUUGAGAGGAUGGAGCAAACAGGCUAUGGCCGCUACCUGGUCUCGCUCAGACAAAACUCGGCUUUGAACAUCAAUUCACCGCACGAAGACGAAGACGUUCCUUUCUCGAAGCGACGCCUAACGCCAAUUGGCAUCGUCUCAAUGCAACUCGCGCGCUUCCCGUCCGAACCGUCCGCACCAACGAUCCCAGAUGUCGGGUUCACAUUUCUGCCCCGGUACCUUGGAAACGGGUACGCUACUGAGGCUGCAGCGGGCUUGAUGGAGUACUUUACAGACGAGAAAGGACUCAAGGAAUUUUGCGGUUUUUGUAAACCGGAGAAUACAGCAAGCGCAAACGUUUUGAAGAGGCUGGGAUUCGAGGAGAGGGGCCCAAGGGAGGUAGAUGGUGUUGUCGAGGGGGAGAUAUUGAGCGCUUUGGUCUGGACAAUUGGCGUUGGGCAUGAGAAGGGCGCGCUUGAGAAGCGAGGCUUGCAACGCGUUGAGAAGCCUGCCGAAGAUGGAACAUCACUCUCGCCAACAUUGAGCAGAGAUGAUCAGCAAGGCGAUACAGUGGUGCCUCUUGAAGGUCGCAUCCUCCGUGACGCCCAGGGAAAAUCCAUCUUCAUUGGCGACUGCGCCCCGCUGUCUUUUCUACAAACAGUCAGGCAUCUCAUCACAUCCGAGGUGGACCCAAGAGCUACUGUGCAAGCUACACGCGACCCCAUCAUUGAGAUCGCUCGGCCUGAUUCAGCGGAUCAACAUUCAUGUCCUCCCAUUGAUGUGCAUCAAGUCGACGCACUAGUCGACGAGUUCAUGGCUGCAAGUAGUGGCCUCGUUCAGCUCUUCCAACGAGAGGAUCUUGCUCCCGAACUGAAGGCAUGGGCAAGCAGCAGAAACUCCAGUUCAGACGAUGCUGCAGCUGCCGUCUUCUAUCUGGUCCUUGCAAUCGGCGCCCAAGAGCGAUUCGAGGAAAAGGCAGAAGCCUGGUUCAAUACUGCUCGGGAUGUGCUUUUGAAGCAUAUGUGCAGCAGCAUGAAUGUUUCGACUGUUCAAGGCUUUGCCCUCGUAGCGAUUUACAUGCUCCGAGCGUCUCAACCGAAUGGAGCCUAUUUAUACUUCUCCCUGGCUGCGCGUGCCGCAUACGCAAUCGGCAUACACCGAACGGAAGUGAACGCAUCCUUUGGCGAAACCAUCAAGCUGGUGCGAGACCGGAUUUGGAAGAGCAUUCGCGUCACCGACCAGUUGAUAAGCAACGCAUUAGGCCGACCUCCAUCCACAUCAGAUGUCGAUUGCACCGUUAAGUACAACACGUUUGAAGACAACACCGAAACCGAUGAUGCCAAUGUACUGGAUGCCAGCGUCCAGAUCUUCAUGAUUAUCGAGCGUGUCGUCGUUGAAGUGUAUUCUCGCAAACGUAUAUCACUACGCAUUGCAGACUAUGUCUCGCGACAAUUGAAGAGCUGGGCGUCCAAAUGGCUGCAGAAGUUAUCUCAUCUUACGACCAGACCUCAUUCUCGAGAAGCCGUGGUGGGCGCUUGCUCCACGCUCUGCUCCUAUUACUACGGCAUCAUGCUACUCACCCGACCUUUCCUCAUCUACGAGUUAUAUGAAUACAUGGGCGCUCCGUUGAAGAGCGGGGGCUCACAAGCUGAUCACCAAGAGAAGCGCAAGUACGCAGAUGCUGCACUUGAUGCCGCGUCGACGUUAGUGGAUACACUGCUAGUCGUUACGAUUACAAAGCAGUUGCCUCGUAAGAUGCCACUGAUAGUAUCCUGGCUCUUCACGGCUACACUCGUUCUUGCCGUCGGCAUCCUUGGCGACUCAGGACUCAUGUUAGUGGACAGCUGCAAAGAUGCAAUCACUUGCAUGGACUACUUCGGUCAAGUCGACCCUCAUGCCCGGCAGUAUUCACAGGUAGCACAAUCACUGCUCAAGAUCACCACUGCACAUGCCAAGAAGAGAGAGCUGCAUUUGCGCCGGAAGAGGAAGCAAGCAUCGUCGGAAUUGUUUGGCCUAUUGCCUGGAGAGUCAACUAACAUUCCGGCCCAAGUGGACGAAUGCGACGCACAGCUCGGCCACGGGUCGCUGGUCUCCCGAGACUCCGUUCAGCGCCACGUGUCUUCCGCAGCGCCACUCGAUUGGACUAUAUACGAUGCCGACUUCUUUGCCAUGCCAUGGCCGAGUGAGAACGAUCAGGGUCUCCAGGAUUUCCUGCAGCCGGGCACUCACAAUCUUGAUGGCGUAUCCGUGGCUGACAUACCGCUUUUCCCCAUCCACGACCAGCAGAUGGGCGGUGACUUCUUCCCGUAA